GCAAUUUCGAGUUAUCAUAGAAAUCUCAAAAUGCCACCAUCAAAUAAUCUUUCGAAAUUUCGAUAUAACAUAACUAAUGCGUGUGAUUCUUGCAAACGCUUAAAAAUUAGAUGCACAAAGAUCAAACAUCUCGAUCAAUCUACCAAAUGCAAUGAAUGCAUAAAACGUAAUAGUGAAUGCACCUAUUCUGUUCAACCAAGAAGACGUAAUCCUAUUGAACUUAAUAAAGAUUCUGAACAUAAAGAUGAUGAGUUAUUUCGUGGUUUAUCUCAGGAGGAAAUAAAGCUCGUCACCUAUUCUGUUCAACCAAAAAGACGUAAUCCUAUUGAACUUAGUAAAGAUUCUGAACAUAAAGAUGAUGAGUUAUUUCGUGGUUUAUCUCAGGAGGAAAUAAAGCUCGUCACCAACUCGUUUCAAAAGGAGCAAUUAUCUCCCAUAUUAGAUAUUCUCACCUCUACCUCAUCAUUGCCAUGUCCAUAUGAAAAAAUUGCAGGCCAUUAUUGUCAUAUGGGAUGUAUUGUGAGAUAUAAAUAUACCCGUUAG